UCACUCGACUCAUUAUUUAUGGAAUCCUUACGUCAUAUUGAUCAUACUUAUAUUAAAAAACAUAAAAAUGAUCAAGACUUGCGGCCGGCAUAUACUCCUGCCUUAGAACGCUACGAAUAUAAUAUAAAUUAUUGGAAUGAGAUGAAGCAAUAUUUAUUUCAUACCUUAAAUCAAAUCAAAGUAACGAUGAUAUUGUACUUAAUUUCAUUGAUACCAUUUAUUGGCGUGUUAGUUUACCCAAUCGCGAGUGCUUACGCUCUGGUAAACUCAUUAGGUUAUAAACCAGCCAUUGUUGUGGGUAUCUUGAUGUAUAUAACACCAGGUACAAAACCUAUUGCUAUGGUGUUUUUAGAAAGUGUAUAUUCUUCCAGAACUUUGAUGAGGGAAUUAUUGGAACCUUAUUUUGGAAGAAUUAAAUUUGAUAAAGAAAUUAAAAGGAAAUGGUUUAGGGAAAGAGAAGGGAUAUUAUUUGGUUUCUCUAUUGCAUUCUAUUCUUUAAUAAGAUUGCCAUUGGUUGGAAUGAUGUUUUAUGGUAUUGCUCAGGCUGCUGCCGCUUUAGUACUUGUUAAGACCACAGAACCACCACCACCGCCAGGUUUUGAAAAUACAUACAAAGUAGAAUAUCAUUAUAUAGAUCCUAGAACAAUGAAGCAAAAAGAACAAUGA